AUGACGUCUUCAGACGACAUGAUCAUGGAUUCUCUACAGGAAUGGAAGCGGCGUCUGAGCCCCCUAAGAGUUGACAUCGUUGGCGACUUUGCUGGGAAAGAGCUGUUCACCAUCCAUGGGGAAUCUUUGGUGGCUCACUGUCUCGCCUCUGCAAAAGUCGACUAUCUCGCGGGCUUCCAGCUACUUCAUGCAGUACAUGCGAUCGAGGUCUUCCUGGCCAAACUCAAGGAUCGGGGGUGCAACUUCCACGUCUUGUGGUUCGACAGUCAUCGAGACCUAGCGACACCACCUGAUUCUCCCGAGAAUCAAUCAUACAAAUAUCUCUUGACGCGUGCUGUCAUCAUUGAGCACCUGAGAUGCCCUGAAACACAUCCCAAAAUGAGUUUCGACGAUCGCGGUAUCAAUUCUCCAAUGAGCUUCGUGUUCCCUUCCAUCAUGAGCCCCGAGUUCGCGGAGUACACCAAUCAGCACCGCUUUCACUUCAUCAUGAUGUCCCAAGGCCGAUCUUCAGAUCUCAACACGACCAAGAAGGGAGAAUCCUUGAACAUUAUGUAUCUGUUCGGUCUUCGCGGCUACAGCUUGGCUUUUAUUGACGAUGUCGAGUUUCGAAGCUCCAAGGCGUAUACUCUCAUUGCAACAGCGCCGACCUCAGUGGCAGUGAUACCAGUCACAGAGCCAACACCAGCGACGACACCCGAUCCCGGUUGCCAACGGACUAUCGAACGUCUCCAGGCCAUACCCAAGCCCAGUGAGUGGCGAGUGCUUCGAUCUGACAGUGAAGUCGAGGCCCAGGAAGAAGUAGCGGUCACUGUUUGCGCAAUCUUCUUGUCUAACAAGGCCUCCUCGGAUGUACACAGUCACAGACUAGUGGCCGCCUUCCUCUCACACAUCGUUCUGCUGAAGCACGCAACGCUCUUACAACGACCCGUGGAGACUCUACCCAAACUGGAGAGUUCUUCGGGCAUCGAGGAGUUCCUUGCGACUUUUGCUGAGGUAGCAGCUCACCUGAUACAGCAGUGGCCCAAGGGAGAAGAAGGACAAUACCUCAAUUGGAGAGUCUGUGAUCUCAUUGACGGCCGAAUCUACAAUCAAGUCUUGGAGAGACUCGAAACACUCAAACUCCCAAGUGAUGCCGGUUCUGGGUAUGCAGAAGCUGUACGGCGAUUAUCUGGCGUCGACGUAUCCUACUGCAUGCCGAAUUCCGUUCCACAGAUCAAAAGUGGCGCAAGAAUACAUCGCAUCAGCUACCAGCCCCCAGACACACAGUCGAUACUUGCAUUCAGCCAUCCCGUGUUGGACAAGUAUCUCGAGGACGUCAAGUUGACAAGCCAAUCCGUGAUGGAGGAUGAGACCUUUGAGUCCAAAAUCUUUCAAGAGCUCUCCCACUGGCAGAAUUCGAAGAAGAGCAUCGAUCCCAAGCAUGUACCAGAGCGUCGAGGAUUCUAUGCGAGCAAGAGAAACCAGAGAUACAUGGCCGACACGAUUGCCUACUCUGCCAGUCUUACUAAUUCUGCCGGGAAAAGCAUUGAUCCUGAGACGAUUGUCGCCAAGAAGUCGGACCUUUCUGCCCGGUCCAAAAAGCAAGUGGGCACAACCCGAAGACAAGAUCAUUCGAUUAAGAGCGGUACAGAGAAUGCACUUGAAACAUCGAGGAGAUUGAGAGAGGCGAAGAGUCAAUCCAGGACCGCGGUAAUCAUCAAGAACUGGGCAGAGAAAUGCCAGGACUUCGACAAGAUCACGUCUGUCUUUCAGCGCUACUUGAAGGUCAAGAGGUAUUUAUCAAGUCUUUCUUCAGAGGACCAGAAGUCUAUUGGUGGCGAGGUAAUGUUGUACAUGUGCAACAUCCUUGGUCUCCAACUUAUUCGCAGACCGUUGAAAAGGGCCUUCAGCGAUUCAGGUAUGAGCAAGCGUGGACAUGAUUUCUUGGCCUCUAUUUCUGACAUCAUCGUUUCAGAAUCGAGUGUAUUGGCAAUGAUUUGGGCCCAGGUCAGAGAGAUGAUGUCGUUGCCCCUUUCCGUUGAGACGAAACACCAGGUCCAAUAUUUGAUGAAGGCUUUGAAGUUCCCGCUGGGGGAACUUCGAAGCGGACCUUCUGUGCCCGUCAAACAUCGUCUUCCGUUCGUCUCAACGUAUGAAGUGUCAACUACGCAUCUGCGAGUCCAGACAACGGGUCUCGAGUUCCAGUUGGCUCACUGUGGCCCUUAUCUGGAGCGAAGCUUCGACUCCGCCCCCGACCCGCGCGUUUCUUUCAGUCCAGAUGCUUGGCAACGAAGCGUACUUGAUGCCAUUGAUGACGAUAACAGCCUUUUCGUCGUCGCUCCAACGUCCGCCGGAAAGACCUUCAUCUCGUUCUACGCCAUGAAGAAGAUUUUGCAGAACAACGACGAUGACGUUCUCGUCUACGUAGCCCCCACCAAAGCGCUCGUCAACCAGAUUGCCGCCGAAGUUCAGGCUCGGUUCUCCAAGUCGUACCGCCAUGAGGGCCGUUCGGUUUGGGCCAUCCACACUCGAGACUACCGUGUCAAUAACCCCACCGGCUGUCAUGUUUUGGUGACCGUUCCGCACAUCCUCCAGAUCAUGCUUCUGGCGCCCACCAAUGCGCAAAAUGAGAAAUCCUGGGCUCGCAGAGUGAAGAGAAUUAUCUUUGACGAAGUGCACUGCAUUGGUCAGGCCGAAGACGGUAUCAUUUGGGAGCAACUAUUGCUUCUUGCUCCUUGUCCCAUCAUCGCCCUAUCUGCUACUGUGGGCAACCCGCUCGAGUUCAAGGAGUGGCUCGCAGGAACUCAGAAGGUCAAGGGCUUUGACCUUGAAAUGAUCGUUCACUCGGCCAGAUACUCUGACUUGCGAAAGUUCCUGUACCAGCCACCCAUUAGGCUUGAGUUUGAAGGACUAGAGCCAGUGGAGCGUUUGCCAAUCCCCGGUUUGGAUGCUGAAGCAGGAGAAACCUCGCGAUUCACGUUUGUGCAUCCUAUCGGAAGCAUUAUCAACAAGAAUCGCGAGGCUCUUGAAGAUGCCAGUCUCGAGCCACGCGACUGUCUCCGGCUUUGGCUGUCCAUGAAGGAAUAUGAAAACGAGUCUUAUCUUAUUAAUCCUAGCCUUGAGCCCAACAUUGCGUUGCCAGAGUUGGUGAAGAAGUCGGACAUUAUCAAGUGGGAGGCUGCUCUCAAAGAACAGCUCUGGCAAUGGCAACAGGAUCCCAAGUCACCCUUUCCAGAAGUAUACAGAAGGCUCAAGAUAAACCGCCCUUCAUCAGCGAUAGACCUUAAAAGGCCCGAGGUUGUCGCGGACAUCUACGGUGACGCUUCGUUCUCACUCCUCGUCGAUCUCCGCUCCCGGGGUGCCCUGCCAGCUAUCCUUUUCAAUUACGACCGACUUGGAUGCGAGAAGGUAAUUCUCAAGAUUCUUCAAGUCCUGGAGAAUGCUGAACAAAAGUAUCGCGAUACAAGUACAGAAUGGGCACGGAAGAUGGGGGCAUAUCAAAAGUGGCGACAAGUCACGGAUAGCAAAGCUGCGAAGAAAAAGGCGAAAGCGACUAGAGCUACUGAGGCUGCAAACUCCAAGGAGGAAAGACACCACGCAAAGGAUUCUGGUGCAGCCCUGAAUCAAGCUGAUCUUGUGAGGGAGGAAGCAGGCCGGGAAACCAGCCCAUGGGAAAACUUUGAUCCCGAGGCGCCGCUUCCGCAAUACAAUUUUGCGGACACUACUAAACUUACGGCUGAAGAGUUUGAGGCCCGUGUUAGGUCUCUGGAUGAUUUGGGAAUCAAGCCUCGCCUAAUCGACGCUCUUCGUCGGGGACUCGGUGUCCACCAUGCUGGUAUGAACCGUCAGUAUCGCCAAGUGGUAGAAAUGUUGUUCCGCAAGGGCUACUUGACCGUCGUUAUUGCGACCGGUACUCUCGCUCUCGGAUUGAACAUGCCUUGCAAGACUGUUGUCUUUAUAGGUGACUCGGCAUUUCUCACGGCUCUCAACUACCGUCAAGCAUCAGGACGUGCUGGACGUCGUGGAUUUGACCUCCUUGGUAACGUCGUCUUUCAUGGCAUCCCCCACCAUCGUGCGAUGGAAAUCAUCUCGUCGCGGUUGCCCGAUCUCAAAGGCCAAUUCCCCAUCUCCGUCACUUUGGUUCUUCGGCUCUUCACCCUGCUGCACAGCACGAACAACUCCCAGUAUGCCAUUGAUGCAGUGGAGUCCUUGUUGACCCAAACACGUCUGUUCCUCGGUGGACCUGCCUCGCAGAUGACCGUCAAGCACCACUUGCGCUUUUCCAUCAAGUAUCUCAGACGACAGCACCUCCUUUCUCGAAAAGGAGCACCUCUCAACUUCUCGGGCCUGGUGGGUCACUUGUACUUUACCGAGAAUGCUGUGUUUGCUCUGCACUCCCUGCUCAAGGAAGGCUACUUGCACAAGCUCUGCGAGGACUUUGGCAAUCCACGGAAGCAGGGAGAGAUCAUUCUCACUUUAUUGACAGUAUUGUGUCACCUCUUCUGUCGCAUUCCUUGCAGCAAGUACAACAAUCGGGAGUGGCGUGAAAACGUCGUAUAUCGAUCACCUUCUGUUGUCCUUCUACCCAGGCUCCCAAGAGAGGCAGAAACCGUCCUCCGAGGUCACAACGAAGAGACUCUGAAAACUUUUAAGACCUACGUUCGCAGCUUCAUUGCACAGAAUCUCCAGGACUCUCCAGAUAACCAGCUUCCUUUCACCAAACGCCGGGUGGGCGCCGCUGGAGAGGCCUCGGCUGAUAUCUCAACAGCACAGAUUCCAACGCUCCCUUAUCCAAUUCUUCGAUCCCCUUUCGCCGCGCUGUCGGGGUUCACAGACGACUUCGCCACAAUUCAUGAGCUAUGCGACACAGUCCGCGCUGGUGUGUUUCUUGACGAGUCUGCCAUCCCGUACAUCCCCAUUUACCCUGAGGAGACAAACGGCGUGCCCUGGAACGCAUACAUCUAUGACUUUUACAAGCACGGUGAUCUCAAUACUCUUGUGCAGGACAACGGAAUCAAGGGCGGCGAUGUUUGGUUUCAUCUGAAAGACUUCUCUCUGAUCUUGGCCACCAUCGUAACAAGCUUGGAGAAUAUUAUGGGCCGAGUCGGUGCUGAUGACUCGGAUAUGAUCAAUGUUCGAGAUGUUGCCGAUACCAUUGAAGAAGAGAGAUUCGGCGAGGAAUUAGAUGCACAAUACUCGGAGAACCAUGUGGCCUCGUCUGCUACUGCGAAAGCAGAGACAAAGUCCCACUAUAGCAAAUCUAAAGAAGCAGUGGCUGAAUCAUGGGAAGAUGUGUCGGAUGGCUCCUCCUCCGAUACCGAGCACGUGGGUAGCAGCGCAAGCAGAGCGGGUCAGGCAACCGAGUCAGAAGGAACGUCUUUCGGGUCAGGUCGGGGGAAGGGAGGCGGUGAUAGUCUUGUGAAGGUCCAUAUGGCUUUCAAACUCCUGCAGCAGGUUUUCGAAGACAAGUUCAGAAAGGUGUGGGCAUGA